CUGUGACGUGACAGUUGACAUAUAUUGACAUUACAUUUUAUAGACUUCUUUGUUUGACAAAUUGAGUAAAAAAGUCAAAACUUAGUGAUUUCGUAAUUUAUUAUUAUUUAUAGUUAUUGUUUAACGUGCAAGAAGUAAAUAAUGGAUUUCCCUGCAACGCCAUCAAAUGCAUCAGACAGUAACGAAUACCCUAGCACUACACGGUCUCCAUAUAAUAACGUGCCAGACGAUAAUAAAAGACGCAGUUCAUCGCGAUCAAUAAAACGAAGGCGAUUUGAUGAUGAAUUGGUGGAAUAUAGUGGAUUGCCCGGAUCUUCUCUUGGGAAAGGUGACAAGCGAAUGCGUACCCAAUCAUAUACGAGCCAAGUUUCGGAGAUUCCCAUGACCAGUGUGCCUACUCCUCCCGUUCACCAGCCUGCGGAGCGUCGCAGGGCUUCAAGUAAAGUGUCUGGUGGUGGCAGUAUGGGCCGCAAAAUCCGCCGUAAAGGGCAGUUGAGUCACCUUUCGACAAAGGAUUUAGGACGUUGGAAACCCACGGAUGAUCUCGCUUUGAUAUUAGGUGUCCAACAGACUAAUGACUUGCGAAUAGUACAUAGAGGUGUGAAGUUCUCUUGCCGUUUCACUGUCAGUGAGCUACAGUCCCGUUGGUACGCCUUACUUUACAACGCAGAGAUAUCACGAGUAGCCAUUGCAGCAAUGCGGAAUUUACAUCCAGACUUAGUGGCUUUGAUUCAACAACAAGCUCUGUAUUCAACUGCAGAAGAAGAAUUGCUUGCAACUAUACCUGCUGUUCCUUCAUCGCUGCCUCCCCUUGAAAGAUUCCAAGAGUUAUUAGACCAGAACCCACAUGUGUUCUACCCGUCACGGAAUGCAAAGACUUUGCUGGCACACUGGCAAUUAUUGAAGCAGUAUCAUUUAUUGCCUGAUCAGACUGUACAACCAUUACCAAAAAAUCCGACUGACCCAAUAUUGACAUUUUCGGAUGCUGAAGACACUAUGAAUGAUAACGAAUUACCUGAUUACAAGGAAGAUGGCAUGGAUUCAGAAAUGCAAAUGGCUGACAGAGUGGACAAAAAGGACAUUCGUCUGCUGGAGACGUCGUUGACUCGUUGGCAAGUGCUGGUGCAGUCCCUGUCGGGGACUUCAGUGGAGCUGGACAAGAAUACACUCGCAGUACUUCGAGGCAGAUUAGUAAGAUUCCUCAUGCGGUCUAGAGAGAUCGCAGUUGGCCGUAGUACGCGGGACAACAAUAUCGAUGUGGAUCUAACUUUGGAAGGACCGGCGGCGAAGGUGUCUCGGAAGCAGGCCACCAUUCGGCUGCGGAACAGUGGGGACUUCUUCAUGUCGUCGGAGGGCAAACGGCCCAUAUUCGUGGACGGGCGGCCGGUGCUGCCAGGCAACAAAGUGAAGCUCAACCACAACACCGUCAUCGAGAUUGCCGGUCUUCGCUUCGUAUUUCUGGUGAACCAAGAGCUGAUCAGCGCCAUACGGCAAGAAGCUGUGAAAGUUAAUAUACCUGUUUAAUAAUCAAUUAAAGUUGAUAAGUAAUAAACGUAUAUUUACUGCGAACACAUUUAUUUUGGUCAAUUACAGAACAAUUUCAAAACUAGGUACCACUCGAAAACGUAAUACAUAAUAACAUCCCAUUAAUUAACGGUAUAAUGUGUCACACUUGAGUUUAUAAAUCACUCAGCUUUAGAGCAAGUGUGUCCAAUAUUACGUCUAUCACCAUACAUUAUCACGUGCGUUACUGGCAUAAGAAGAUAUGCAUUAACAUUUAAACGACAAACAAAUAUCUAUAUAUUAAAUCAUCAAUAAUAACUAAUCCAUAACCCUUAAUUAAAUAAUUUAACCACAAUAGAAUAUACCAUUAAUUAACUUAGUCAUAACAAUGGCCAACAAGUGCAGGAAAAAAAAACAACAAUCCACUCAAUAGUGCAUAACAAACAUACAAGGUAUCGAAAGCUACGAUGAAAUAAAUUGUAUGAUAGGAUUGUUAAGUGAACGUCAAGUAAUCAGUCAUCAGUCUGCGAGACAGCGCGCCACCCCCGCGCGCCCGCUGCUAGCAGGCCCGUGCAGGCAGCGCGCCACGUCCCAUCAUUAUAUGCACGUGUAUCAGCAAAGUAUCAUUUUGGUAAAUAUCCUCAACUCAACUGAGGUUUUGUAGGCCCAAAUAACUCGAGGGCACAAAUCAACGCAUCUCUUAACUUUACCUUUGUACAUUUAUUAUCCAUAAAACUUACGUCUAAAUACUUAAAACUACCAUUUCUCAUACAAUAUAUUAUGAUCUAUAAAUAAAUUAAACUGUAUAACCGACCAUCUUAUACGGAAUUUCAACACGUUUAAAAUAUUAUUUCAAUUACUUGUUACACAAUAACACUAUGAUGUAUUUCUAAAAUAUUUUAUCUACGAAGGCAACACUUUGCAAAUACAUGUAUGCAGGACUUAAAAGCACAUAUAUUUGGUAUAUUUAUUGAACACCCUGUACAUCAUAUCAAAAUAGUGUAUUUUAAUAAUAAAAUAUAUUUAUAGGCACGAUAAGGCAAAACAUGAAUCGGUGAGUGCCUUUAUGAGAUCAACAGAUAUUUCCAAAAUAUUUAAAAUGGCCAAAACGUAUGUAGUAAUAAAAUUGUCCUAAGACAUAGGUACUCGUAGGUACUGCUCUACUGCUUGUAUACUAUCAGCACUAUGUAAAAGGCACUGCAGGCGUAUCCAAACGCUGCUUUCCACUUAGUAAAACAUGUACCUGUAUUGGAAUAAUGAAAUCUAGUCAAACUUCGCAACCUAGGUACGUAUAUGAAAAUAUGCCCAAUAAAUAUUCUGGGUGCAAUUUGUAUAUAUUAUAUUGAUAUUUUUUACAUUGGUUAUUAUGAUACAUCUACUUCUCCAAUAUGAGACGGAUCGCAUCCGGCAGCUAUUUCGGUGUGUAGGUAUAAAUUCAGUAGGUACCUACGUACCUACGCACGUACACACUUUCCCAACAUCUAUUAUUUCUGAGUAUUGGCUUUGGUUAUUUCACGCUUUAAUUUUAUUACCUACCUACACUAUGUUGUUUCACUGCAACAUCAUUACAAACAAAAUUAUUGAAUGAUAUUGAACGAACAAACUCUUACAAAAUACAUGCUACAUUAUAAGGUAUUAACAAUUAAAGUGUGCAAAUUUUGUACUUCGCCUACACAGUAACAUAGAUACAUGUUGCAGUCAAAUCAAUAUCUAUCGGACAUGAUUACACAUGUGCUUAAAAUUUACUAUACGUGAGCAAUCUUGACAGUACCGAAGGCACUGAUCAUACUAACACUAAUUAUAACAUCUUGUCAAAACCACACAGUGAUUAUGUCAUAGCCAAGGUACAUAAAUAUCAAAAUUCGUCCAUUACCUUUAUAUCGGCCGCUAGUACACGCAUUAUGCGCUCUAUGGACAUUUGUAUAAUUAUAAUCAGGAUAUUCGCAAGCUACGAUCAUCACGGCCGAUAUAACGAUAAUGUAGCCGUGUACACAUGGUGUAUACUCGGUUUCAGAUUGAAGCACCACAUUAUACAUUACAGCGACGCUCUCAACUUUGGCGACGGAAGACAGAAAGAGGUUUACGACAUGUUUCAUCAAAUGGAGUGGAUCGAUUAAUCGAUAGAUUACAAAUAAAUUCUUUAAAUAGGCACACAAAAAUAUGAAUAUCUAUGUAUAUCGGACUAUGUAUUUACUAUUUAACCAAUUUAUUAUCAUAGACUAGGUAUAAGUACAUUUUUAUGUUAGGUGACCUUGAUUGCACACACAACUUCACACAUCAACUAUAUUUACAAAACAUUUACUUAGUCAAGCAUGGACUCCGCCGCCAAUACGAAUAUAUCAACUUACAGAAAACUCACCUAAAUAUUAUUCAAACAUAAACAUAUACUUAUUAGAAAUAUCAGUAUUAUUUGGAAUCAAAUAUUUAACGGAGAUAAUACUCAUAAAUUAUGGCUAAAUAAAUAACUAAAAUCUGAAGGUGCAAUCCUAAAAAAUAAAUACUACUAAUCAAUAACACUAAUAAAAAUGGAAUGACAGGCACAGCAGGUAAAAACGAUUAUAAUAAAAUUUGAAACUCUAACAAAUUACAGAUCAGAUCAAAUUGCACUAUCAAACAAUAACAAUUCUUUUCUUUUCAUAUCACACUUAGUAUUGAAUUUGGCUUCGUUAUAUAUACUAUAAAAUAAACUAACAUGGGUAACUACUAAAAAAACUAAAAUGGAAUCGUAGGAAUGAUAACACGAGACCUUAAUUGGGGUGGGAUCCAUUAACACUGAAGCCAAUAUGGCUGUUAAUUAUUAUACAUAGACCCAAGGAACUGCGACACUCAACACAAACUACACUCAGUAAUUAUGUUUUAAUCUUAUCGUGUAUUUAAGUCCUGAAGAAGAGUUUUCUGAUAUCGGCGGAGAUAUCACAAACUUAGCACUGCUUGCAGACUUAUACUUCUGAAACUUUUCAGCUAACACAUAAGUCCUCUUCCUGUGGCUAUAAAUAGCCUUUGUUUUGUUUCUAGUUGCCAUUUUGUCAAUGAAAUGGUUUUUCUCUAUAAACACCCAUGGUUGCCACUUUCUACCUGUCAAAUCCGGAUUGAAAUCGUCUUUAUUUGAAGUACUCGCGUAAUGAGAACCGUUUUGAUUUUUCUUAAUAACUACUUUAGGAAUAGAUUUUUUUGGUUUUUUGGUCUUUUCUUUAUGCAUCUUAAAUUGCAUUUCGUCUAUACUUUUAAGGACGUCUUCAAAUUUAGGCUUUGGUUUCUUAGGAAUGCGAGGAGUUGGAACAUUUUGUUUAUUUAGCUUUGGUUCAUCUUUGGAUAUUUUUAGUUGCUUUAGUUUCAUAAGACUAUGUUGAGGCAAAGAAAGUUUGACUUUAAGAUCCCGGAUGGAUUCUUUCAAAGGAGGAAUAUAUUUUUGAGCUGCUUUUGUCAAAAGUGGUCGAUUUGAGAAGUUAGCGUGAGAAUGUAAAUACUCCUUUUCUUCUGUAAACUUGCAACUAGACCUUUUAUUAACACUACUAAUAUCAUUAAUUUGUGAAAUUCUAGAACCUUUAUAGUUGGUUAUUUUUAAUAAUAUGCCGGAAUUUUUCUCUUCCGAAGUAGUAGACGAUACUUCAGGUGAACUGGACGUAUACACUGCGUCUUCAUCUAUCUGAUUAUACGUAAAUACAUUAUCGACACUAGAUUCGCAAGAAUGCACAGCAUUUUCUCGAGUUUUUGCAAAAACUUCUAUCGAAUGUCUAUUAUCACGUUCACUUUUAUUAACGUUAAUAUCGACAACGAUAUCUAAAGAAUUACUCUUAUUUUGCAAUGUAGCUAAAGAUCCUUCAUUUACAUUCUCUUUGUUUUCAGGCGCUUCCUCAGGAUUCAACUUCGCAGAAUGUAAAAUUUUUUCAAUAUAUUGUGGAACAUAAGGAGAUAAUGGUGGUUCAUUAGGUUCUGAUAACAUUUUUUCUAGAGAAUCGUUAUCAUAAUAUCUAUCGUACUCUUCAGAGACACGAGUUUCUCUACUAUACAAAGUUUUAUUAACAUCCAUUUGUGGAGUAUUAUACAGAGUUUCAACGAAUAAAGCAUCAUCAUUACACAUUUUAUCACCAUAUAUAGAUUUCACUUUAUCGGUGUGCUCGCUGCUAGUAAAAACACCAGACUCCUCAUUAUCAGACAAAGUAACAUCUUUUGGGGAAGAAGGUUCGCAAAUUUCGAUGUCUUCGGCGACAUCAUCGCCUAUAACGGUUUCUACACAACCCACAUCUUCCACCCAUGACUCUUCUAAAGCCUUUUCUUCUCCGCAAUCUACUAUUACUGAAUCUGAAUAUUCACAAGUCUGUUCUGGUUGUGGACUUGAUAUAUCUUCUCCCAAAGUCUCGGUAUUUUGGUCAUUUUGUAAACAAUCUUCCGAAAGUUCUGUAAAACAAAUUUUCUCUGUUUCCUCGUUCUCUUCUUCAGUUAUAAUGCAACCAUUAUCUAUUAAAAUACAAAACGAAACAUUUUCUUCAGUGUAAAAAGAAGAAACCGAAUUCCGCCUAUUAUUAUUCAUUAUAUUGCACAAAUUUUGAGCCAGAAAUUCAUUGUUUACAUUAUUGACUUUUCUACGUUUAAACGGCCAAACAAACUGUAUAUUAUCUUCAUUUUCCUGCUUUGAUUGUUCUUCAUUACUGUACAUGUUUAAUGCAGAAUCAGAUAAGGAUCUUUUAAGGCGGUUACACUUUUUAUGCGGGACUUCGUUAGCAGGAAAUCGUGUAUUCUCAGACUCAGUAGGUAGCAACGUUGUAUUCUGUCUUCUAUUUUCAAGUUCUUCGUCAUAUUGAUCUGGUGUAAAUUGGACCGAUUCAUAUGCGACUUCUUCUUCAUUAGAUGUAUCUACUUCAGAUAAAACCUCACAGUGAUUAUCAUAGACAUCAUUAAAAUGAUCUUCGCAACCAACAUUUAUAUUUUUAUCUGUAAGCCUAUUUACCCCAAUAUCGGGUUCUAUAUAAGAUUCACUCAAAUAUUUUUUGUUAAGUUCUUCAUUAAGCUCAUCAAAAAUAACUUUAUUAGACACCUGAUCAUUUUCUUCCUGAACUUCUUCCUGUGACUCGCAGUCGACGUUGCUAUCCAAAUCAACCUGAUUGGUAACUGAUUCUUCGACAUAGUCGUCUACAAUAGGAAAAUUUACAACACUAGCACUAUCUGUUUCCAUUGCCAUAUCGCAAUCACUGUCCUGAUAUUUUGUUACAGUUUUUGACACGCCAUCUUCAACUGCUGGUUUGUCAUUUUCAAAUAGUGAUUUGUAUUCACCUAACGGUGGUUCCUCAUCUUUAAUUAGUGGUUUGUCAUCUUUAAUUGGUGGUGUGUCAUCUUCAAAUUCUGGUUCGACAUAUUUAAAUGCUUGUUUGUCACCUUCAAAUACUGGUUCGUCAUCUUUAAAUGUUGAUUCGUCAUCUUUAAUUGGUGUUUUCCCAUCUUUAAUCGGUGGUGAAUCUUCAAAUUCUGGUUCGACAUAUUUAAAUGCUUGUUUGUCACCUUUAAAUACUGGUUCGACAUCUUUAAAUGGUGAUUCGUCAUCUUUAAUUCGUGUUUUUCCAUCUUUAAUCGGUGGUUUGUCAUCUUCAUUUCCUGGUUCGACAUAUUUAAAUGCUCGUUUGUCACCUUCAAAUACUGGUUCGUCAUCUUUAAAUGUUGAUUCGUCAUCUUUAAUUGGUGUUUUCCCAUCUUUAAUCGGUGGUGAAUCUUCAAAUUCUGGUUCGACAUAUUUAAAUGCUUGUUUGUCACCUUUAAAUACUGGUUCGACAUCUUUAAAUGGUGAUUCGUCAUCUUUAAUUUGUGUUUUCCCAUCUUUAAUCGGUGGUGUCACAUCUUCAAAUUCUGGUUCGACAUAUUUAAAUACUUGUUUGUCACCUUUAAAUAUUGGUUCGACAUCUUUAAAUGAUGAUUUGUCAUCGUUAAAUGGUGGUUCGUCAUCUUCAAAUGGUGCUUUGCAAUUUUCAAAUGGUGAUUCGUCGUUUUCUAAUGGUCUUUUUCUAUUUUCACAUGGUGAUUCGUCGUCUUCAAAUGGUGCUUUGUUGUUUUCAACUGUUGGUUCAUUGUCUUCAAAUGUUGUUUUUCUAUUUUCAAAUGGUGAUUCGUCGUUUUCAAAUGGGGUUUUCUUAUUUUCAAAUGGUGUUUUGCUAUAUUCAAAUGGUAAUUCGUCGUCUUUAAAUGAUGACUCACUCAUAUCUAAAUCACAGACAUCUGGUGUUACUACAGCAUCUGUUGAAGUAUUCAAUGAUUCCAUCGAGUCAUAGAAAAAAUCAUCACUGCAUUCGAUAUCCUUUUCUGUUGUUAGACUGUUACAACUUCCCUCUGAAUAUAUGAGUAAUUUUUGAAUCCAGGGCGAAUACAAUUCUUUGUUAAAAUACCUAAAAGCUCGUCGAAUUGGUUUAUCAAGUUUUUCUUUUAUAUCUCUGUUAAUAAUCUGGUCACAGUAAUAUAGAUCUGGUUGUUUUACACAGCAUGGGGUAUCCUGAGCCACUUCAUUCGUUUCGAUUAAUUUCUUUUCGUGAUUUGACGGUGAAAGUUCCUCCAGUAAACUUAAUGGGUUCUCAUUUUCAAUUUUACCAUCUCGUCCAAUCAUCUCAUUUGUUUGUUCGUUAUUUUCGGAAAUAUUAUAACACAAAUCUUCAUUUAAUUGAAAUCCUUUGUUGUCAAUUUGGUGUAAUGGUGAGCUGCUAGGUAUUUCUUCUCUGAUUCCUGAAUAAGUUUCGGUAGCCGAGAUUCCAUUUAGGUUAUAAUUUUCUGAUUUGUCCAAACAAAGCUCAGUUUCAUUGGGUAUUGGACUAUCCACUUCGUCAGUAACAUCAAGAUUCUCGCAAUUUUUCGUCAUCUCACUAUUAGUAGCAUCUUGAGUGUUUGGGUCAUAAAUUUUGUUUGAAUUUUGUGUAAGGUUUUCUGUUAAUUCCGAAUAUAUUUCUGGAAACAUAUAAUUUGUUUCUUUUGACAAAUCAUUAGAAGUAUCUAUGGUAACUACAACGUUCUGACUUUCUUUUAUGUUUUGAUCACUAGUUCGAAGAGUCAAAUUUAAACUAUUAGGCAUUUCUGUUUCGGUCGGCUUCGGUGAUUUCAUUUCGUCUGUGACAUGUUCUGUAGCACCACUAUUUACUUCCCUUUCACCCAAAUCAGACACAAGUUUAUGGUCAUCAUUGUUAGUUGAAGUUACUUCUUUUGUUUUAUUGUUUCCAUUAAAAUUUGUAUUGGAUAUGUUAUCAAUUUCUUCUUUUUUGUUUAAGUUACAAUUUGCAUCUUCUUUACUUUCUUUUAUUAUAUCGUCAUUAAUAUGUUGCUCAGUAAAUGUUGGUAAUAAACUAAUGGAAUCAGAGGAAAUAUCUUUGCUUGUAAAUGUGUUUAAACAAUUUUCUUCUACAUGUGCGGUCCCAUUUAUUUGUGAUUCUAUAUUAGUUUCUGGAGAUUCAGUAUCAUUUAGGUCGUCUGUUUUAUUUAAACUGAAAUCUAUUGCAAUGUCAGAAGGCAGAAGAGUUUCUUUUUCUGGUUCAAUAAUAUGUGUUGUUUCAGACGCAUUUUCAAUGGAAAUGUUUUCUUGUGCAGUUAAAUUUAUUGGAACAUCCGCGACUAUUUUAUCAGAACAAUUAAGUGAAUUGUCUGUAUUAUCUUCGUAAUUCUUUAUAUUCUCAGGAUUUUUUAUAAUAACGCUAUCCGUUCUGAUAGCAUUAAUAUUUUGUUGUAAUUGGAUUUCUUUGAGUUCUGAGAAAUUCGUUUUAGUUUUACGAUAUUUACUCAAUUUAGAAAACUCUGUUUCAGAUUCAACAAUGCAUGGAGAUUUUGCAACAUCAAUAUCUGUCUUAGACAAAUUAGAAUGGUCGUAUUUGUCUUUGAUUUGGUUCUCUGGUGGAUCUAGUACUUCUAAUGUUGGCAAAUCUCUAAUAGACGAUGUUAUAAUGUUACUAUCUCCUUUAUUUGCAUUGAUGAAUUGUUGGUUUACUUCAGGGAAGUUUAAUUCUAUGUCAUUAUCAAGGCGAGGCAGUGAUGCUAGACAUAAACCUGAAUUACUUUCUAAGUCCUGUAAACUGUAGCUGCUUUUAAUAUGGUCCAUAGGAUUAGUAUUUGAAAAUUGUGUAUUGUUUAUCAUUUUGCAGCUGGGAAUUCUUAUAUUUUCAUUCAUAUUCAUUCGAUGAUCACUUCUUUUUAUCAUGUUACAGUCAAUGUUUUCAUUUAUUCCAUUUAACAUGGGUGAUUUAUUAAUUACUGGAUUUGCAACUUUCUCAAUAGAUCUUUCAGCCAAAAUAUUUUGAACAGGUGCAGCUACUUCCACAUUGAGCAUUUUUGGACUACAGGGUUUUAUUUCAAAAUUACAGCCAACUUCCUUGUGAAUGACAGACUGACUUAUUUUAGCUUCAACAUCUAAAGGUGAAACAGGUCUAGGAGGUAUGACUCCUGUCACUUGUUUCUGGUGAGAUUUCAUGGCCAUAUGAUAGUCUUUGGAGGGUAGUGUCUUAUAAUUACUAAUAUUUGAUGAUUCUAUAACUUCUUCAAAUUGAUUUAGUAAUUCAAUACUGUUAUAUCCUUUAAUAUUCUCAGGUAACUUAGACACUUUCUGAAUAUGUUCAUAUUUAGCAAGUUCCUCGCUAGGAACAUUUACUAGUCCAAGCACAUACAGUUGUUCUUGGUUAUUCAUUCCAUCAUUUGUCUUGUUGAAAUUGGAUUUCUCACUGGAUCCUGUCUGGAUGAUUAUUUCUUUAGAGCCAUUUUCAUCUUGCUCCUCAUCUCCUUCAUUCCACAUUUGUAAAAACUGCCUAACAUCUAUUUGCUUUUUAUCCUUUGAUGCAUUAUUAUUAGAAUUUAAUUGCGACUUUGACAUCAUGGGCGAUGUUCUAACUAUAGGUCCAUAUCUAUUAUCAUAAUAUUUCCUAAGGUAUUCAUUUGGUAUUCUGUUGACACCAGAAUCAAUACUUCUAACACUUGCUGUAGAUGAUUGACUGACAUAACCACAAUCUUCUUGAGAGGCCCCAAGAGUUUGGGUUGUGUCAUUACUAGUAUUAGAGUCAGUUGGUGAAAUUGCUAGUGUAUUAGGUGAAAACACAGGAGCAUGUCUAGCCAUAGGGUUGUGUAUAUUGAUGUUAGGGUCUAUAUUCCUAAAAUGAGCCAUAUGUUCAUAAUUUUUCAAUACUUGUGGGUCUUUUUUAUAAUAUGGAUUAGGAGGUAAGUUAUGCACAUUUACUGUAGUAUAAUUAGGCAUUAUGACUUGGCUCUUCAUGGGCAUCCUAGUCAUUUCAUUGACAAAAUAGCUUUCAGUUGAGGGAUGCACUUUGGGUCUAUUAUUAUCAUAUUCUAUAUACGCUUUAGUACUGUUGUCAUAAGGUAUUUUGUUUGGCGGUAUACUUUUCAUAUUAGCAUCAGGUGGGUAUGAAUGCAUUUUAUUUUGGGGACAGUUACUUAUUACAGGUCCAUAAUUAGGAUGGAUUACUUGAUUACGGUAUUGGAUGUUGUAGUUACCUUGGGGAUUUCUUUGAUAUCCUUCCAUGACCGGUUCAGCUACUCUGCUAUCCAAAUACUUGAUUGGAGGAUAUGGAGGAUAAGGAUGUGGCGGUAUAGACUUCUGUAACUCAUAUUUAUGAGCUGGGAAACCAGGUGGUGGAUGGAAUGGAUUAGAAUAAUUACCAAUGUACUCAUACCUUUGCUGGGGAUAUCUUUCCUUCACGCUUGGAUAAGGCUUGAAGCGAAUAUUUCCAUCUUGAUAGUAAGGGUCAGCAUACACAUAGCCCUGUUCUUCUGGAACAGUCCUAUAAGGUCUAGGCACUACUGGUCGAGGGCCAGCACAGCUAGGGUAUUCUUGAUAUUGGUACAGUUCAGGAGCACUAUACAUCCUAGUGGAUCGCAAAUUAACACUACCUGCUGGCCAUCCAUGGGGAGCAGUCCGUGUAACAGUGGGAUUCACACUAGGUAGACACAUUUCAGAGUUCCUAACAUUUUUAAGUUCAUUAUUAGAAGGAUUAACAGCAUAAGGCACAUCACAGAACUUUGCCUCUGGCGGCAUGUUUAAUUUGAUAUUCUUAGGUACACUGUUGUUUCUAUCUGAUAUUUGAGCAUAGUUGGUGUCAUCAUUUAUUUUGAUUGAGUUGUAUGUGGGUGGCACCAUAAUACGCUGCAUGUUUUCUUGGAAUGUUUGUCUCGGUGAUAUGUUUCUUGUUGGAUUCUGGAAAUUCGUUAACUUAUGGGGGUAUUCUGGUAGACGUCGGUACGAGCUGUCCAUGCAUGGCCAUGGCUCGGUAGGACCUUUCUUUAUGUGAUACGCGUCGCUGACGGCUGGCGGAGGCACGAUUCGGUCGGGCCCGAUGACGGCGCAUGGCCGCGCGUUCUGUGCCUCCACUUUACCCAAUGAGUUAGAUCCGAUAUCUUGAUACGACUUAUUUCUGUCACAAUGGAGCGCGAUGCCGCUGCUUUGACUGUACUUGCUGCCGUCAUUAUUGCGUUCAGUCACACCAGACUCGGUCCUCAAGUCUUUAGCAUCCAUUGCCACAGUAGCUUGGGUACAUAUUCGUACUCGGUGUUUUCAUUUUUUAGCACAGGAUAAGUUUGGACUCCUUGCAAUAACUCAAUAACCAGAGGUGGCACAA